UUCCCCCGAGGUCCAGGCUCAGUCCGCUGACGUCUGGAGUGGACCAUGCACUGUGGCUGCUUGACCGAGGGCAUUCCAGCCACCCCCGGCAACUACUGGAUCUCAGGUGUGGCCUUCCCUGACUGGGCCUACAAAGCUGAGUCCUCCCCGGGCUCCCGGCAGAUCCAGCUGUGGCACUUCAUCCUGGAGCUCCUGCAGAAGGAAGAGUUCCACCAUGUCAUCGCCUGGCAGCAGGGAGAGUAUGGGGAGUUUGUCAUCAAGGAUCCAGAUGAAGUGGCCCGCCUCUGGGGCCGCAGGAAAUGCAAACCACAGAUGAAUUAUGACAAGCUGAGCCGGGCCCUCAGGUAUUAUUACAAUAAGAGGAUCCUGCACAAGACCAAAGGAAAAAGGUUCACUUACAAGUUCAACUUCAGCAAGCUUAUCAUAGUCAACUAUCCUUUGUGGGAAGUGCGGACACCAUCCUCCCCGCACCUGCUGCUGGGGGCUCCUCCCUUGGGUCGGCCAGCCCUGGUGCCCAUGAGUGUGCAGAGUGAGCUCCUGCACAACAUGCUGUUCACCCAUUGGGCCAUGGCAGAGCAGCUGACUGGACAGCGGAUGACCCAGGGGCCACCAGAGGCUACUGGGGAGAAGAAGGGGAGCAGCAGCAGCAUCCACCGACUUGGUUCUGUCCUGGGCCCUUGCCGGCUGGGCCCUUGCUGCCACUUUGGGACGCCCCAAGGCGAGCUGUCCAGCUUUGCCACCUUCUCCCCUGCUCUACCGCCUCUUCUCCCUUCCAACUGGACUGGCCUCUCAGGGCCCUUCUUGCCUCCUCUCUCCUCAGAGCAGUCGCUCCCAGGGGCCCCCAAGCUAGACACCCUGCUCCCAGGACCUAGUUUCUCCCCAGGGGCCUGGCAUUUUCCAGGGCUCCCCCUAUUGGCCGGGUUGGGACAGGGCCCAGGUGAGCGGCUUCAACUCCUGUCAUUCAAGCCUGAGGGGCUGGAGGUAAAACCUGACCCCAUAGCAGGAGCCAAGGGAUGCCUGGAUCCCAGGGAGGGCUACCCCUCAGAGACCCACAGACUCAAACCUGGGGAGGAAAACUCUGAGUCCUCAAAUUUGGAAAACCUCAAAGUAGUGUGGCCGUUGGAUCCUCCUUAAUUGUGGAGGAAGAUGUGAAGGGGAGCGGUCUUUCAACGCCUUCUCUCCUCUUGCCCGCCUUCCUCCUGGCUGGACACUAGCCAAAACUACAGGAUUUGAACUUGGACCAAGACAGGGGGCAUGGCAGGAAGAUAACAAUGUGGGGGUGGGGAAAACAAGGCAGGGCCCCCUCUUCUCCCACCAAGCUGCUCAUCAGACUAAGGAGACAUUUUUUUUUUUU